CGUCUUUUUCAGUGUCUAUUAGCAGGGCUGGAUGUCAGCCAGGUGGCUGUUGUAAAAAACAAAAAAAACAACGUUUCAGGUACAAUUUACCAAGGGUACUGGCAAAGAAUGAUAAUCUGGAGAGCUGAAAGAAGCAAUUUUAAAUAGUACUCCUGAGCUACGAUAUCGUAGCUACGAGUACAAAAGUUAACAAAUUUAUAGUUGUGGGAGGUAUUGCACAAUGUAUGUUUUCUUCACUGUGUAACUGUGUGCAACAAGUCUACAUCUAACAUCUGGUUUGACGGCAUGUGUGUGUGUGUGUGUGUGUGUGUGUGUGUGUGUGUCCUCUGUCUUACAAUUAUGCACUAUGUACACAGGAAGGGCAUAUGCAUCGUGUAGUAUUCAAUGUACCCGCCUAUGCAUACUAUUCAAUGUGCCGUUCCCAUUGUACUAUUAACUUGGUUCCGGAAGCCUUAUAAGUGUAUCAAUAGUUAUACAACAACAAAUCAUGUUUAUUUUUUGUUUUUAUUUUUUCCAGGGUUCCGGUUAAACCUGAUUGGCGUGUUUCGUGUGUAUUUGUUUGACUGUUCUGCCUAUCUGUAAUCUCCUUUCAACCGUGAACAUUAAAAGGGAAUAUAUGAUAUAGUGACAUAUUUUAUUUAAUGUCGAAAACAUGAUUACGGAAUCCUGCAACCCCUGUGAGGAUAAGCAGAUCCCAAAAUGAAUGCAUGGAUUGGAUGGAUGGAUGAUUAUGAAAAUGCUGGAUUUUAUUUUGAAAUUGCUCAUUUGAAUCGCUCCAAUAUAAUUAGCUUUCCCUGGAGUUGACUGACUUGACUGGUAUUCAACACAGAGGAGCGUUAAGAAUUAUGGAAGCAAGGACCAAGUCAACCAUCUUUGAGGGCAGUGCUGCCCGAGUUUUUCAGUUCUAUCUGCAAAAUUCGGACGAGCACACAGCUGUUGUCCGUUUUCUCGAGGAUCACCUCCCAGCUGAGUUCAAGAGAAUGGCAGCAGAUAAAAACGAGCUGGCUGUUCUCGGUGUGGGAAGUGGUGGAGGCGAAGUGGAUGUCCAGAUCCUGUCUCUCUUACAGUCCACCUUCUCCACUCUUCCCAUCACUGCCGACAUUGUCGAAGGAAGCGUUGAACUGCUUGCCAACUUCAAAGCAUUGGUAAGAAAGACUGAAAGCCUUCAGAAGAUUCCAUUCACUUGGCAUGUUAUGUCAAGUGAGGAUUACAUAAAGCAAAUCAACGGCUUGAAGACAUAUGACUUCAUUCACCUGAUUCAGAUGAUUUACUACGUUGAUGACCUGACAGAAAGUAUCAAAUUCUAUCACAGCAUUCUCAAGAAGAACGGCAGCCUUGUGAUUAUAAUAGAAAAAACCGGUCGUAGCUGGGACACCCUGUGGAGGACUUCAGAGGAGCUGGAAGACAAUGAGACCCCUCGGUAUCGCUCAUCUGAAGAUGUCCUGGCCUCCCUCAAGACUCUGGGUCUGAAAUACGAAGAGUAUUCCAUCCCCAACACCUUUGACAUCACUGAGUGCUUUGAUCCAAACAGCACGAUCGGACAGGGUCUGCUUUGUUACCUUACUUCAACACCUGAUUUUUACAAGUCGUUCACGCCACAAAUAAGAUCUGACAUACUGAAACUUAUCAGGAGCAAGUGUAGCACUGAAAAAGAUGGCAAGAUACUUUUCGACAAUUGUUUGAGUUGUGUAUUUGUGCAUGCUUGAUUUUGUCCUCUGGAGUGAUAGGCAUCAUUCAUCAGCUAACUUAAAAAGAAAACUGGCCUAUCGCCCCGAAAAAGUGUUGAGUUGAAUGUAGCGCACUCUGUUAAACUGUAUUUAAGUAAAAAAAUAGCAUUUUUUGUUUAACUAGGUACAUUUAACAUGUACAACUCAAUUGAAAAAAAUACUAAUAAAUUUAGAGAGGACAUGGAAAGAAAGACAUCUGAAAUAAGGCCUGUGUGUGCUCUUCUAAUUGGGAAUGUAUCCAGAAUAACUAACCACUUCAAACUCAUAGUUAAAUGGGAGCCAGCGCACAACCUUUCUACAUUUUUAGUGCCUCUGAAUAACACUAAUAGAUUUCUGCUGUUCUAAUAGGCUUUUCCUGACACUGUUUCUCUUUCUUGCAUGAAAUUAAAGAGUUGUUCAAACACUGAUUGUUA